AUGGACGAAGACGCGCUGCGGGCCAUGAUGCCCAUGAGCUUCGGCAAGAGCAAAAAGGCGGCGCCCAAGCCCAAGCCCAAGCCAGAGCAACCGCCAGCAGCCCCGGCCCUGCCGUCCGCAUCCACCAGCUCCAGCGUCGUCGGAGCCACGCUGGGCAACAAGCGGCCCGCACCCUCGUCGCCCCCGCCGGAUGCGCCGAAAACGGCCUCGGAGCCUGCCGCCGACGACGAGGUCGACGAGAAUGGCCUCACCGCAGCCGACCGCGCGCUCAAUGCCCAGCUCGAGCUCGGAGGCGAUUCCGAUGACGACGACUCGGACGACGACGACACUCAGGGUCGGCCCGGUUCCGCCGCGUCGGCCCUCGCCGAUAUCAAGCUGCCGCCCAUGUCGCACGAGGCGGUGCUCGAGUCUCACUCCAAGAGCGUCUCGGCCCUCGCCCUCGACCCCGGAGGAGCGCGCAUCGCCACGGGCUCGUUCGACUACGACCUCAAGCUGUGGGACUUUGGCGGCAUGGACUCGACGCUCAAGCCCUUCCGCAGCUUUGAGCCCGCGGGCAGCUACCCGAUCAACGACGUCGCCUUCUCGCCGCACGCCGGCGGCGAGCAUCUGCUCUGCAUCAGCGCCACGGCGGCGGCCAAGGUGUAUGACCGCGACGGCACCGAGCUGGGCACGUGCAAAAAGGGCGACCCGUACCUGCGCGACAUGCGCCAGACAAAGGGCCACGUCUCGGAGCUGACGGCGGGCGCGUGGGAUCCGAGCGAGCGCGGCAGGUUCAUGACGGCCUCGUCGGACAGCACCGUGCGCUUCUGGCACCUCGACGACCUCGCCGCGGGACAGCGCGACGUCAUCGUCGUCAAGAGCCGCGAGCGCGGCACCCGCACAAAGGUCACGGCCGCCCGCUACGCCCAAGAGGGCCGCAUCCUCGCCGCAGCGGGACUCGACGGCGCACUGCACUGGUGGGACCUCCGUGCCAACCUCGCCUCCAAGCCCCGCGGCACCGUCGAGCGAGCCCACGAAAGCGGCUGCGGCAUCAGCUGCAUCACCUUCAGCCGCGACUCAAACACGCUCGUCACCCGCGGCGGAGACGAGACCGUCAAGCUGUGGGACCGGCGCAUGUUCCGCUCCCCCGCCGCCGUCCGCGCAGGGCUGCCCAGCACCGCCAUGACCGACGUCGUAUUCAGCCCAGACGAAAAGUCGGUCCUCGCCGGCGUCGCCGCCGUACCUCUCGCUGGCGAAUCUCGAGGCAGCAAGAACAACAACAGCAACAACAACAACAACGACGACGACGACGCGGACGACGACGGCGCAGGGGCGACGCGCGACACGACCACGGGCGGCGCCAUCUGCGUCCUGUCGCUGCCCAACCUCGACGAGGUGCGGCGCUACUCGAUCUCGCCGUCGUCGGUGCUGCGGCUGCACUGGCACACGCGCCUCAACCAGCUCUUUGCCACGACGCGCGCCGGCAACAUCCACGUCUUUUACUCGCCCGAGGCAUCCGUCAACGGCGCCCUCCUCGCCGUCGGCAGGAAACCGCGACAGCGCAACCCGUUCAACGUCGACCUCUCGCCCGUCGACGUGCCCGCAGACGCCACCCUCCCGCAGUCCAACGCGGCCAAGCGACGCAGGCUCGAAAAGAUGCGCGCAGACCCCGUCGCCAGCCGCAUGCCCCAGCGUCCGAUGGAGGGCAAGGGCAAGGGUGGACGCAUCGGCGCGGCAGCCAUGCAGCACGUCGUGCAGAACCUCUACCGCACCGCCGACGAUACCCGCAGCCAGGAUCCGCGCGAGGCGCUCCUCAAGUACGCAGAGCAGGCCGAAAAGGACCCCAUCUACACAAAGGUCUGGAAGGAGACCCAGCCAAAGACGCUCUACGCACAGGACGACGACGACGACGGCGAUGACGGCGACGAGCAGAAGGACUAG